UGCAAUAUGCGCAUGUAUCUCGGGAAUGUCAUUGCGCAAUGGCAGUACUUCAUCCAUACCGCCAUCGCUCUAAGCCGCUUUUGUGCGUUGAUAUUCCCGGUGCAGUAUCGGCAGCGACACAACACCCGCGUGGCCAUUGUGGCAUGCAGUCUGUGUGGAAUACUGGCCCAUUUGGGUAGUGGACCGUUCGUCGUUGUCGAUUGGGUGCUGUACAGGCGGCCGGAAACGAUAUUCGGCUGCUUUCCGAUCUUCGGUGCAGUAAAUGCGGUUGCGUGGUCGUAUUCGUUUUCAGUAAUAUCCUUCAUUGCUAUCUCGGUUGUGUUGGCGCUGUAUCCGGUUGUUUUUUACAUACGUCGGAAACGUCAGCAAAUUCUGCGGCAAAUUCGCCCUCCCAACCCCCAAAAUGCAGGUGUCCAAGAGUCAUCGCUUCCUGCCUCGUCGGGGCCAUCAAAUAAUCAACAGGCUAAGCCGGAAAGCAACGCUUUUUUACUGCUGACUAUACUGACCGUCAGUGUGUUUAUUUCCUGGGCACCUACCGUUAUUUUCUUCCCGUUGCUUACUAUAUAUCCACCCAAUCUGACUGUUAGAUUCUGGAUUUACACCAUAAAUGACUUGCAGCCCAUAGUCGAUCCGGUAAUCUUCACUUUGACUCUACCCGAUCUUCGUCAGUUAAUCUUCAGGCGGACUCAAGCUUGACACUUGAAUUACUUGAACUUGAACGACGUUGGUUAACGCUGGCGCUGAUCAAAUUUGUCUGGUUUAUCCUGCGUUGGUGACCAACUACCGCUCAGAAAAAAAAAGCAGCCAGCUACAGUGCCACAGGGAGCCGAAAUUCAACGGAUGCUCACGGCAUUUACCAGGUUUAA